AACUGUGCUUGCAGUUAGGUGCGUUUAUUGUGGUGCCAGCUCUCGAUCUCAAACACUCGUUGCACAAAACUCUAAAUUUCGAAAGUGAAGCCCAUUUUCUAUCAUCAGAUCUACACCAACGAUGGUCAACAGUAGCAAGCCUAAGACCCUGGAGACCUCUGGAAACUGGUUCUCUUCUGCCAUCGCCAAGGUGGACGAAUUAAUCGGCAGCGUUAGUGGCGUUAUUAUUGGAACCCUUGAGCACGCGUUUUAUUGUUAUGGAGAGGCGAUUGCAAAUUUCCCCUUUACUUUCAUUUUCUUGUGUCUGGUAUUAACUGGGAUCUGUUCUAUUGGCAUGGUUAAAUUUACCCUGGAAGAAAGACCCUUCAAGUUAUGGAUCCCACAGAAUUCACAAUUCAUCAAAGUGAUGGACUGGAAGGAGAAGCACCUGCCCUCAGACAUCAGAUUAAGCAUGGCGAUAUACGAGGCAGAAAACGUUCUGGAUAAAGCUGUCAUUCUUGAGAUGCUGAAGGUGCACGAUGCUGUGGUCAAUACAAAAACUGACAUGGCCUCUUGGGACACGACAUGCGCGAAGGUGCCUACAAUUGCAACAUCCUUUUUUGGGAGAAGGAAGAGAGAUCUAGCUCAUGGGAGCAACACAAGUUUACUAAUACAUCGCCACAGGCACAAAAGACAGAACGACGAUGAAUCUGAGGAUGACGAAUUUGAUUUUAGCCUCCUGCUGCCAAGAGACAGGUAUUGUAGUUUCCUCGAAUCAAUGGAGCAGCAGUGUUUGGAAAAUAGUCUCCUGGAAGUCUUUGGCUACGACAGAAAUGAUAUAGAGUCCUUAUCCCAAGAGGAGAUCCUAAAAGAAAUAAAUGAACAAACCACAAGCCUUAUUUACGGCUUCCCAACAAAUUUUACAAAAUAUCUUGGCAAGAUAGAACGGAAUGGAAACGGGACCAUCAUCAAAGCUGGUGCUGCGAUACACAGAUGGUUUACCAAAGUCAACCGCACGGCAGUGGAAGCUGGGUCCUUCGUGAAUGACCCAGGGUCCAGUCUGAAUGUAGAUACUGCAGGUUAUGAGUGGGAACUCAGUUUCAUUGAAAAUGUCUUGAAUUAUUCCAGCCAAUCUGAGUAUGUUACUAUGUAUUUCAUGGGUUCAACAAGUUUUGGCACCAUUAGCAAAAACAAUAUUCACGAUACCAAAUAUCUAUCGGUUGGUUUUGGUAUCGUUUUUAUCUAUAUAAUGCUAAUGCUUGGUAAUUUUAAUAUGGUGGAGAUGAGACCCAUUCUCUCUCUUUUAGGUCUUUCAUGUGUUGGAUUAGCCGUAGGGGUGUCAUAUGGAAUUUGUUCCGCCUUUGAUGUGCCCUAUGGACCUGUGAAUAAUAUCCUCCCCUUCCUUCUCCUCGGCCUUGGAGUGGAUGAUAUGUUUGUUGUGAUGCAGUCUUGGGACAACUUAUCCCCCGAUGAAAAAAGCAAGAGCUUAAGUGAACGAAUUGGGAUGACCUUGAGACACGCUGGCGUCUCUAUUACUGUUACCUCAGUUACAGACUUCGUUGCCUUUGCCAUUGGAAGCACAACAGACCUUCCAGCUCUCAGGUCAUUCUGCAUCUAUGCAGCAACUGGUAUUGCUUCUAUAUACUUCUUCCAAGCCACCUUUUUUGUGGCCUGGCUAUCAUUAGACCAAAGAAGAUUGGAGGACCAUCGACACGGACUGUUCUGGUGUUGGAAGGUGAAGGACUGGAGGCCAAAUGCAUGCAGUAGACAGAGAUUUUGUCAAAGAUUUUUUGGCAAGCCGUAUGCUAGAUUAUUCUUAAACCUACCAAUGAAAAUUAUCAUCCUCCUCCUAACAUUAGGGAUUAUUGCUGUAUCUGGUUGGGGUCUUGCUAACUUAAGGCAGGAGUUUAACUCAAUUUGGUUUCUUCCAAAGGAGUCAUAUUUGUACAAAUUUUUCAUUAAACAGAAAGAAUAUUAUCCAUCAAGUGGAGAAGGAGGAACUGUCUAUUUCGGGAACAUGAGCCUGGCAGAUGAAAUGCCCCGAAUUGAAAAACUCAUCACAACUCUCAAACAAAACAGUUAUGUAUCAGAAGUGGAUGGAUGGUACACCAAGUAUAAGAAAUACUGGGAAAAGCAAGGAUAUACCGUUCCUAAUCCGAACACAACAGAAGACGAAUUCCUUAAUCAACUAAGCCAGUUCCUGCACUCUCCAAGCGGGUCACCCUAUCGUACUAGAAACUUUCGCUUUUCGGGAGAAUUGCUCUGCAGUGAAAAAGCUCCUUCAGUUAUAGCUUCAAGCAUUGAUUAUCGGCACAUCAAAAUGACAAUUUCCAGUGAUAAAAUCAAGGCGAUGGAUAGCGUCAGAGAAACUGUAGAGAAUAUGAACUUCACUGGAUAUGCAAGGCCUUGGUCAAGAGCCUAUGCAGAAUGGGAAACAGAUAAAAUAAUUGUGGAAGAACUUUACAGAAAUAUGGGCCUUGCCCUUUUAGUGGUCUUCAUUGUAACUCUUAUUCUUAUUGCCAGUAUAUCUACUAGCAUACUAGUCCUAAUAUGUGUUUUAUUUACUUUAGUAGAUGUAGGGGCACUAAUGCACUGGUGGGGACUGACCAUCGAUACAGUGUCUUGCAUAGACUUGGUGCUUGCAAUUGGUCUAUGUGUUGACUACGCUGCUCAUGUUGGCCAUACUUUCAUGACCAAAACAGGAAGCAGAAACACAAGGGCUUCUGAGACCAUAGAGACCAUCGGUCCAGCUGUACUCAGUGGAGGCUUCAGUACCGUCUUGUCUUUCAUCUUCCUUUCCAACUCAGGAUCUCAUGUUUUCCUCACAUUUUUCAAGGUCUUCUUUGCAGUCUCCCUUUACGGACUGUACCACGGGUUAAUCUUUUUGCCGGUGAUCCUGUCGUUGAUAGGCCCCGCCCCUUACCCGACAGCCCUUUCGUCAAGUCCUGUAGCGGAUGCUCUCCCAGAGAAGGAGAAUGACGUAACAGUGACCCCGAUGGAGGUCAGGAAGAAUGGGUUUAUCGAAAAGGUUAUAACGGACGAAAACAAAAGCAGUGCGCUUGAACUUACUGAAGAAAAGUCCUCUGUUCACGAGGAAGAGGAUCCCGAACCUGAAGCCAAAGAUGAUGCUGGAAAAGAGUCAGGGACUCAAAAUGAGGAUGUAUGAAUAGACAGUUUUCAGUUAUUCAUAGUCACUGGUUGUUUGAAUCUAUAUACAUUUGAAGACGAUAGAUUUCAAGGCACUUCUCGAAUUUAAAGAUAAAUAGAGAUUUAUUCUUCGCUCAGACUUUGUGGGUUUUAACAAUGAAAUCGGUGUGACGCUUCGCAAUUUAUAUCAGCUUUAACUUGCAAAUUGACUGGAGAAAGUAUAUUGUUCAUUCUCGUUCGUUCUUUAAAUCCUGAAUUCAUUAAGUUCUUUGUAUGCAUACCUCUGAAAAGUCCUGAAAGCAAUUCUGCUGGAGUGCCGAAAAAGAAGCAUUACCUUUCAUAAGUUACGUAUCGGUUCCUAUACAUGAAUCGCAUCAAAACAUAACGUUUUUUGUUCUGUUGGGGAAGAGUACUUUCUAUGAAAGUUGCGAGAAAUGCGAGUUGGCAGGUACGAGUGUUUAAAGUAGAUUCACAUCACCCGUACAUCU